GCAUAACAGUCCACUGUGCGCCAGAAGAACAAAGAAGAAGGAAAUUAUUGCCCAGCUUCUAUCCUAUAGCCCAGCAUCUAGCCUAUGAAAUUUGGAGGGUAGCGCAUGUCAGGGCCGUGUAGGGUGGAGGCACAGCUGGCGGCAGUCGCGACAACAGCUGCCCAGCCACCAUCAAGGUACCUUGGAGCUGCAAGCCGCAGGCAGAGCUCGCGCUGGAGCCAGAUGGCGUGGAUGACGACCCACCUCCUCGCGCGGCGCCAGUCGCGCUUUGACGCGGCGGUCAAUUUCCUGGUAUGGGAGUUCUCGCGAUUGCACGUUGAGGCGCUGGAGCUCACGUGCUGCUUCCAGCUGCACACCAUAUGCACGCCGACGUCCGGCGGUAGGCAGCGGAGGAGGGCUGGCUGGGCUGGCGGGCGCUCAGACCGCACUGCAGCAGGCGGCCUCCAACCUGAGGUUCAUGAGGAGGUAUAGAUGCUGGCUAAUCAGCAGUGAGAUCAGCUGGAGGCUGCGAAGAUGCUGGCCGUGAUAGGCUGACAGCGCGAGGUUCAGGCAGCUGAGGCGGACGUGGCGGCAGCGCAGGGCCGCCUGGCGCAUGUGCAGCAGCAGCCGCACUGCACUUCCCCAAUUUUCAAG